AUGGGGCUGCACCGGCUGUGCGCAAGACUCGGCAUCAUGGCCUGUGGGCUCCUGCUGCUUCUAGUCCCCAGCAAUGGCCAGGACUCUACCAACCCUAUUAGGACCACAAACUCCGGGCAGGUGCGGGGAAGUCUUGUGCAUGUAAAAGGCACCAACGUGGGUGUCCACACUUUCCUGGGCAUUCCCUUUGCCAAACCACCUCUGGGACCACUGCGCUUUGCACCUCCUGAGCCUGCUGAAGCUUGGAGUGGAGUGAGAGAUGGCACCUCCCACCCUGCCGUGUGUCUACAGGAUGUGGCUGUAAUGAGUGCAGUGAUGGAGAACCUCUUUGACAUAAGCUUGCCUCCCUCCCCCACGUCUGAGGACUGCCUAUACCUCAAUGUUUACACACCUGCCCAUGCCCGUGAGGGCUCCAGCCUGCCUGUGAUGGUGUGGAUCCAUGGGGGUGCUCUGGCUGUAGGCAUGGCUUCCAUGUACGACGGCUCUGCCCUGGCAGCCUUUGAGGAUGUGGUGGUGGUCACCAUCCAGUACCGCCUGGGCGUCCUGGGAUUCUUCAGCACUGGAGAUCAGCAUGCCAGUGGCAACUGGGGCUACCUGGACCAAGUGGCUGCACUGCGCUGGGUGCAGCAGAACAUCGCCCACUUUGGAGGCAACCCUGACCGGGUCACCAUAUUUGGCGAGUCUGCAGGAGGCACCAGCGUGUCCUCACAUGUGUUAUCACCCAUGUCGCAAGGACUCUUCCAUGGAGCCAUCAUGGAGAGUGGUGUGGCAGUGCUGCCUGGCCUCAUCUCCAGCUCAUCUGAGACGGUCUCCAUGCUGGUGGCCAAUCUGUCUGCCUGUGAUCCGGUGAACUCCAAGGGCUUUGUGGCCUGCUUACGGGGCAAGAGCGAAGAGGAGAUGCUGGCCAUCACCAAGACCUUCAGAAUCAUCCCAGGCGUGGUGGAUGGCAUCUUCCUGCCCAGGCAUCCCCAGGAGCUGCUGGCCUCUGCUGACUUCCAACCUGUCCCUAGCAUCAUUGGUGUCAACAACGAUGAAUACGGCUGGCUCCUCCCCAGGGGCAUGAGCACUGCAAACACUCAGAAGGAAAUGGACAGAGAGGACAUGCGUGCUGCUCUGCAGAAAUCUUCAGCCCAGAUGAUGUUGCCCCCUGAGUCUGGGGACCUGUUGAUGGAGGAAUAUAUGGGGGACAGUGAGGACCCCCGAACUCUCCAGGCUGGGUUCCAGGAGAUGAUGGCUGAUGCCCUCUUCGUGAUGCCUGCACUCCAUGUCGCACAUGUGCACCGAAGCCGCGCCCCCGUCUACCUCUACGAGUUCCAGCAGCGGCCCAGCUUCCUGAAAGACAAGAAGCCACCCCACGUGAAGGCAGACCAUGGGGAUGAGAUUGCCUUUGUCUUCGGACUCCCUUUUGUGAGAAGUGGAGUGACUCUCACUGAGGAGGAGGAGCUGCUGAGCAGGAGGAUGAUGAAGUACUGGGCCAACUUUGCUCGCACCGGGAACCCCAAUGGCGAAGGUCUGCCACACUGGCCCAUCUUGGACCAGGAGGAAAAGUACCUGCAGCUGAGCACGCAGCCUGUGGUGGGCCGGGCCCUGAAGGCCCACAGGCACCGGUUCUGGAUGCAGACUCUGCCCGAGAAGAUGCAGGAGUUGAUGGGGACUGAGCAGAAGCACGUGGAGCUGUAGCGGCCUGCGUCAGGAAGGGGGACCCUGGCUCUACUAAGGAUUGUCCUUCACCUGCCCUCAUCCACUUGGCACACCCUUGUGGAGGAACUACUGGGACCCCCUGUCCAUCCUUCCCUGAGUGUCUUGCACUAGGUGCACUCAACACUGCCCCCAUAAAAGUUAUGCCCACCUUCCUCAUCUCCCUUGUCUCUAGCCCCUCCUACACUCCUCACCUCUUCCUCCAAUACUUUCUCAUCCUGAGUUUCCUAUCCUCCCAAACCCAGACCCUCCCCACUCAAUGUGAGCUGCUUUGGGGGUUGUUGCCCACCACUAGGUGUAAGAAGACUUCCUCCUCCUCUUCCUAACAUGCCCUGUGAGUUCACCCCUAUCAGUGACCCUAGCGGACCUGGGCACCAGAGCCGCCGCCAUGUUCUGGUGCCCUCAGGCUGCCAUCACUGGCCUCUUUCCAUUCCCUCUGUGUUACCAUAAAUAAAGGCUCCCAUUCCUUCAGCUGAGAAAUACUCAUCCAGGUAACCAUGCCACACGCUCAUGUACAUGGUGGGUUGCAGGGCUCAGGUAUCAGAACAUUUGUUGCAAUAAA